CCAAUUUUUGUCUGUAUUAUUGAUAUUCGACAGAUUUUCGCUGGUAAAUCGAAUAUUUUGGCAGGAUGGGACUAAUUGCCACAUGACCGAGACCGUUCUAAGGAAUUAUAAAUAAACCGUGCAAUGGGUAGGAAAAGCAGAAAGGUAAUAGGAGCAAUACGUGCUGCCCAAAUACGUUUGAUGAGACUUAAAGGAACUAGAGAAAAAGGUUCCAGAAACGAGGAUGGCGUUACCAUAGAAACUGCUUGCCCAAAUGGUGAUAAUAAUGUUGUUGAAAGAUGUCAUGAGGAGAGAAGGGAAAAUAAGAAUGUAAUGCAAACACAGCACAGAAAGCGCAGGCAAACAGACAGCAUUGCCAGCAGAGUCCGUCAAAAGAAAAGACAAAAUCUGAACAAAGUCGUGGAAGCUGUAAAGAGGAGGAAAACGAGUCACGAUCACAGUGCUGGUGUUUCAAGUGAGACUGGAGUUCUUGAUGAUGAACAACUUGGCAAUAUUGGGAUUUUUCUUUCUAACCAGACUGGUGUUAUACAGCAGCAUAUGCUACAUAAUGGAGACGACUGUGCUAGUAACCCUGGUUCAGAAGAUGAAGAACCAUCAGAACCAUCUUUGAGAGUAUACAAUGAGAUGAAAAAAUUGUAUGGCACUAAUUUGAAAUAUAAUCUGGUUCGAGAUACUUUAAAGCCAGACAGAAUGACUGGAAGCAAGGCAAUUAGCUCACUACCAUGGCAAUUAUUUGUUGGGCAAUCAGAUGCAUGUGGUGGUGAACUUGGAGUCUAUAGUAAAAUGCACAUCAAGCAUAAUACAGUGUUUGAGCCAUUGACUGGUAUGACUAUUAUGCAGGAUGAUAUUACGACAGAUAUAAAUACAAGAUUCUUGUGGCCUGUUUUUAAUGAGAAUGGUAAAGUGUCCAACUAUUUGGAUCUGUCUGAUGAGAGCAAAUCAACCUGGCUGCGUUAUUUGAAUCCAGCUCCAAAAAGAGAUUUACAAAAUAUUGAAGUUCGCUAUACACAGAACACCCUCUUCUUUGUGAGUAUCAGAAAUAUCAAGCCAAAUACUGAAUUAUUGUUUUGGUUUUCACCUGCAUAUUGUAAACUUCUAUGUGUACCUUGUGAUCCUGAACGACAGGUCUUGCGUACUGAUUGCGACAAGUGUCAUGUGCGGUUUGACAAUGCUCUCUAUACCCAGAAGCAUAUAAAUAUAUUCCAUCCAUAUGGCUUGAAAACUGACAAGUACACAUGCUAUCAGUGCAAGGAAAUCUGCUAUGGUAGAAAGAAACUAAUACGCCACAUGAAGGAGGAACAUGGCACAUCGUCAGCUUGGCAGUGUGAUGAAUGUGGCAAGGCAGUUCAUAGCAAUUACUAUCUGAAAGAACAUAAAAGAAAGGCUCACCUGCCAGAGGAAAAAGCCAAGAAAUAUCCCUGUGAUCAAUGUUCGAAAAUGUUUAAAUGUAGAGCUCACCUUCGUCGACAUGUUGAAUGCAUCCAUACUAGGAAAUUUGAGCAUGAAUGUGAACACUGCCAUAAGAAGUUCUGUGUUAAGAAAUACUUGGAGAGGCAUUUGAGAGCACAUAAGGGAGAGUUUCCAUUUGUCUGUGAUAAAUGCAGCAAGGGAUUUUUUGAUUCUCACAGUUUAAAAGUACAUCUGUUGACGCACAGUGGCGUCAGACCAUACAGGUGCACACUGUGUGAUUCAUCCACCACCACCAAACAACUGCUGCAGUUCCACAUGAAAAAAGCUCAUGGAUUCACAGAUGAAAACAUGCCUGAAAUUAAGAGACAGGUUGAACUAACAUAUGAUAGUACACCAAUAACUGGCUACCGAGAAAGAGAAAAACCUGCGAGACAACGUAUAUUUCGCUCUCGGUCUAAGUCUAACAGAUCACCUGAAGCAGAAGUCCAAUCUUCUCAGCCAUCAAAAGGAGUGUCCGAUGCUGUCGAGAAGAUUGCUGUUGAUACUUUGCUGCAGUCUUAUCAGAAUGAGGAAGAUCACACGUAUACUGAAGCAACAAAUACAGACCAUCAGACAACCAAUAUUCAGUAUCCAGCUUCAUCUGUCUCUCAACAAGAACGUACAGAAGAUCUGCAGCAACAGCCUACACCAAAUCUUCACACUGUUCCACAUUCUGAAAAUGUCAUAUCGCUGAACACUAAUGUAGCAUCUCACCCUAUUCAAUCAACAGCUGCCAGCUAUGACAAGCCUGAACAGCCUUUAAUGACCACGUCAAGUUCUUGCCACUCCAUCACUCAACACCAGCACGGAGCCUCAGCGUCAUUGACAAGUAACCUCCAACAAACCCCGCCACCAUUUCAUCACUCACCAGGAUCAGAAUACACGUACAGCUCUGCCAUUGCUGGUUAUCACCACAAUGAGUCUCACAUGGGUAACCAUGGAUACAAUCCUCCACCUAUUCACUCGCAUCCAACAACAACCUACCCAUCGAGUUACCACACUGCUAAUGUUGGUCCUUAUCCAAAUCAUCCACCGCAUCUCAAUGCCCACCAUAAUUAUGUGAUAAAUCAGGCACCAUGGCAAUAAUGUGACUUCAGCUGAACUUUAACCAAUUUUCACUACUAUUCA